AAUUGUCUUCUCACUUUCUCUUCUCCACAGUCCGACUCAACCGUCCAAAUUCCAAUGGCGGUAUCACAAGCUUUCUCUCUCUUCGCAUUCACUUUAUCUCUCCUCGCCGUUGCUUAUACCGUCUCCGGCCAUAACAUCACUCAAAUCCUUUCUGAUACGCCGGAAUAUUCCUCAUUCAACAGCUACCUUUCUCAAACAAAACUCGCCGACGAAAUCAACAGCCGCACUACGAUCACCGUCCUUGUCCUCAACAAUGGCGCAAUGUCUUCCCUCGCCGGAAAACAUCCACUCUCCGUCGUCAAAAAUGCUCUCAGCCUCCUCGUCCUCCUCGAUUACUACGAUCCUUUAAAACUCCAUCAGCUAGCUAAAGGCUCAACUCUCACCACCACGCUUUACCAAACCACCGGACAGGCUCUCGGAAACCUAGGAUUCGUCAACGUCACCGAUCUCAAAGGAGGCAAAGUCGGAUUUGGCUCCGCCGCUCCUGGAUCCAAGCUCGAUUCCUCCUACACCAAAUCCGUUAAACAAAUCCCUUACAACAUCUCCGUUCUCGAAAUCAACGCUCCGAUCAUCGCUCCCGGAAUCUUAACCGCACCUGCUCCUUCUUCCGGCGGUGUUAACAACCUCACCGGACUUCUCGAGAAAGCCGGUUGCAAAACCUUCGCGAAUUUGCUCGUAUCGAGUGGUGUUCUUAAAACCUACGAAUCCACCGUUGAAAAAGGCUUGACGGUUUUUGCACCGUCCGAUGAAGCUUUUAAAGCUAAAGGUGUACCAGAUCUGACGAACCUCACGCAAGCUGAGGUGGUCUCGCUCCUAGAGUAUCACGCCCUCGCUGAAUACAAACCCAAAGGAUCGUUGAAGACUAACAAAGACGCUAUCUCCACAUUAGCUACUAACGGCGCCGGUAAAUACGAUUUAACGACGUCAACUUCUGGCGACGAGGUUAUCCUCCAUACCGGUGUUGGUCCGUCGAGACUCGCCGACACGGUGGUCGAUGAGACACCUGUCGUGAUAUUCACGGUGGAUAAUGUACUCCUCCCCACCGAGCUUUUUGGAAAAUCUCCAUCUCCGGCGCCGGCACCAGCACCGGAGCCAGUGAGUGCACCGACACCGUCUCCGGCUAAAUCCCCGUCUCCAGUGGAAGCACCUGCAGCUUCUCCGCCAGCACCUCCGGUGGAUGAAUCUUCACCGGAAGGAGCCCCGUCAGACUCGCCGACAAGUUCAGAGAACAGUAAUGCAAAAAACGCGGCGUUUCACGUGAAGGCUUCUGCGUUGUUCACCGCAUUGGUGGCUCUUGCCGCCACAUCUCUCUUGUCAUAAAAAAAACCUUACAACUCCCCGUAAUUACGAAGACUGCCAUUGUCUCCCUUCUUUUAAUUUUUAUUUUAUUUUUGUGAUUCUGUUUGUUAAGACUGGGAUUAGAGUGUUAAGGUUUAAGUUAAUUCAGGCUUGGAUGAUUGUUUUUGUUUUGUUUUGGUGUGUUAGUUUGUAGUAGUAGUAGUGUUGAAAUAUUGAGAUCUUCUAAUUAACUAGUAGUUUCCAGUUUGUGGUUUCUUGUUCUUCCUUGCUUUGUUAAUUGGUCUCUAAUUAUGCUAAGAAACUUCGCUUAUGCAA